AAAAAGCUUUUUCCAGUCUACAGUUGGUUGAUAGAAAUUACUCUCAUUGUCCUACAUCUGAUCAUUGGAGAAGGGCAGAAAAAAUAUGUGAAUUCUUGGAACCUUUUCAUGAAAUAACUAACUUGAUUUCUGGUUCAAGUUAUCCGACCUCCAACUUGUACUUUAUGCAAGUUUGGAAAAUUGAAUGCAUGCUGAUGGAGAAGGCACAAGAAUCCGGAUGGAGUUAUUCAAAGAAAUGGCUUCAAGAAUGUCCAAGAAGUUUGAUAAAUAUUGGAGUAAAUAUAGUGUAGUGCUUUCCUUUGGAGCAAUCCUUGAUCCUCGCUUGAAGUUGCAACUUUUAAGGUAUUGCUACUCUAAGGUAGAUGAUGCUUCUGCACAAGAGAAGGUUGAAACUAUGAAAAAAAAAUUGUACAAGCUCUAUGAACAUUAUGCAAAUAGUCAAAUUGGAGCAACUACUUCUACUAUUUUGUGUAAACCAACUCAAGAAAGAAGCCGAUCCAAACAAAAGGAAUCCAGAUUAUUUGAUGAAUUUAAAAUGUUCGAGAGUGAAUCUUUUUGCAAUGUCGAAAGUUUAAUUGGACCUUAUUUGGAGGAAAUGAAGUCGGAUUAUAGAAGUUUCAUGGGAUGGAUGUUAUUAAGUAUUGGAAGGAAAAUGAAAGGAAAUAUCCCGACCUUUCAGUGA